GGGGGGGAAAAGGCUGCGGUUGCGCGCGCCGCUCCGGCCCCGGGUGGCUGCCCGAGCCCCGCGCGGCUUCGGCGAGCGAGCGGGCAGGCAGGCGGCUGUUGUUUUCGCUGCCUCUGCCGCCGCCGGCCGCCGCCUGCGCUGCUGCUAUGUUCCAUUGCAUCCCGUUGUGGCGGUGCAACCGUCAUGUGGAGUCUAUCGACAAGCGUCACUGCUCGCUGGUCGCCGUGCCUGAGGAAAUCUACCGCUACAGCCGCAGCCUCGAAGAGCUCCUGCUGGACGCCAACCAGCUGCGCGAGCUGCCCAAGCCUUUCUUUCAGCUUGUAAAAUUACGAAAGCUUGGGCUUAGUGAUAAUGAAAUUCGACAACUUCCUCCAGAGAUAGCGAACUUCAUGCAGCUCGUGGAACUUGAUUUGUCUCGAAAUGAUAUUGCUGAAAUUCCUGAAAGCAUUUCCUUCUGCAAAUCAUUACAAGUAGCAGACUUCAGUGGGAAUCCCCUCACCAGGUUGCCUGAAAGCUUUCCUGAACUACAAAACCUAACGUGUCUUUCAGUAAAUGACAUCUCACUACAUGCGUUACCUGAAAAUAUUGGAAACCUUUAUAACCUGGCAUCACUGGAAUUAAGAGAGAAUUUGUUGACGCAUUUACCAGAGUCAGUUGCCCAGCUACAAAGGCUAGAGGAGCUGGACCUAGGGAACAAUGAACUUUAUAACUUGCCAGAAACUAUAGGUGCACUUUAUAACCUUAAAGACCUCUGGCUGGAUGGAAACCAGCUAGCUGAAUUACCUCAGGAAAUAGGAAACCUGAAAAACCUGCUAUGUUUGGAUAUUUCUGAAAACAAACUGGAAAAAUUGCCUGAAGAAAUAAGUGGUCUGACAUCUUUAACUGACCUACUCAUCUCUCAGAAUCUUCUAGAGGUGCUUCCAGAUGGUAUAGGAAAAUUAAAAAGACUAUCGAUCUUGAAGGUUGAUCAGAAUCGGCUUGUUCAGUUAACAGAAGCAAUAGGUGAUUGUGAAAGCCUUACUGAGCUAGUUCUUACUGAAAACCAGCUUCUGACUUUGCCAAAAACCAUUGGAAGGCUAAAGAAACUAAAUAUAUUGAAUGUUGACAGAAACAAACUAGUGUCUUUACCCAAAGAGAUUGGUGGGUGUUGCAGUCUAAAUGUAUUUUCGUUACGGGACAACCGGUUAUCUAGGAUUCCUUCUGAGAUAUCACAAGCCACAGAACUUCAUGUCCUGGAUUUAGCUGGGAACAGGUUGCUACAUCUUCCCAUGUCACUGACUAGCUUGAAGCUGAAGGCUUUGUGGCUGUCAGAUAACCAGUCCCAGCCUUUGCUUACGUUCCAGACAGACACAGACCCUGAAAUAGGAGAAAAGAUUUUAACAUGUGUUUUGCUUCCUCAGCUGCCUUCUGAGCCUGAUAACCUGCCUCGCUGUGGUGCAAUGGAGAGCUUGGUGAAUGAAAUGUCAGAUGAAACAUGGAAUGAAAGGGCAGUACACAGAGUCAGUGCAAUCCGCUUCUUAGAAGACGAAAAAGAUGAAGAAGAUAAUGAAAUGGAAUCUAUGAAGUGGCUUCCCAAGUCUCCUAAGCUGCACGGCAGUCAUAACUGGAGCUCCCAAGGAACUCGCUGGGCCUCUCUGAAGGGCAAGGAAAGCACCCAUGGCUGCAGUCUCUACAAAUUCAGUUCAACCAAUGAAAAAUGGAAAGAAGGAAGAAUCAGUCCUGAGCAAGAAGCUGAGGAACUGGAGGAUCCUGAUGAAGAUGAGCCUGUAUCCAAAUUCUCUGGGAGUCUCUUUGAUACUCACGAUACCAUCCGAGAUCAAAGAAAUGCUAGAGUUCCUUUUCAGGACAGACAGAAGGGAGCAACAAAGGUGAAACCUUUUCCAGUGCUCAGCAAUAAGCACCCGGUUCCAGCGGUAGCCCCCAAAGAAGGCAACAGAAGGUUUUCAAAGGAAACCAAAGAUCAAGUCCCAAGAACUGCAGGUGCAAGUGAGCCACCCUUGAAGGAUGCCCGUAUUUCAGAACCCAGCACACCUGAUUCUGGUUCUCUACCAUCAUCCAAAAGUGGCUCUUUCCAGACAGCAAACCAUGUUAUAAUGAUACCUCGAAUCAUCUUGACACGCCCUUCCACUUCUGAUGAAGAUGCUGACCAGUUGACACAAGACCAUGAUGACUCUGAGCCUGAAGAAACGGACUAUACUGAAAGCCAUUUCUAUUCAGACUGUUUAAACCAUGCUUUUUAUCCUCCAUAAUAAAGUAUUCUUUUUAGGGGAAAAAAGGCUCUGUGGUAGUUCUUGAUCUUAUGAAUGUGGUACAUUAUCUGCACUGCCUUAUUAGAAGUUUAAAUCAGUACAAUGGAAUUGAAUUUAGACUAACAAGAAAAUUCUAUCAGUGUUCCAGUUUCCCUCAAACUUUACUGGGGCUGUGAUUUCAGAAGCUAAAGUACAGCCAACAAUUACUUUUUGCCAAAGGUAGCAAUGAAGAGAUUU